AUGUGUUACAACUACUAUGGUGGCUGUGGCUAUGGCUCCCUCUAUGGCUGUGGUUAUGGCUCCCUCUAUGGCUGCGGCUAUGGUUCCCGCUAUGGCUAUGGCUGCUGUGGCUACCGACCACUUUGCUACAGAAGAUGGUAUUCUUUUUGCUGCUAG